UCUACGUCGUCUUCUUCUACGUCGUGUGGCAGAUCCUCACGCGCUCCGACGACGGCGAAAUCCUCGAGCACCUCCCCUCCGGCUCGGCCCUCUUCAGCCAGCCGUCGUACGAGCGCAACGCGCCCGCAGCCGCCCCGGCGCCCCAGUAUCAGCUGCCGUACGCGCUACAGCAGCUGCCCUCGCCCAUGCCGCCGGCCGAGGCGCCGUCCACUUGGCGCUGGCUCCUCGCGUCUCUGAUCUAUCCCGUCUAUAUCGCCAUCACGCUGAUCGCCAUUCCCCUCCCUUUCCUCCUCAACGCCCUCAACCUGCUCGUCAGUAUAGUCGCCACUAUUCUCUACCCCAUCACGUCGACGUUCCGCCUGCUCGCGCGGACGUUCGUGCUUGCACCGCUCAUCGUCGUCAGAAACUUCCUCUACGCUCUCUAUCCCGUCUACGUCUUCGUUGGGGGCGUUGUGGGCGCUGGCGCCUUCCUCGGCAUUGCGUUUGGAUGGGUCGGCCGCGUCCUCCUUAACCUCCUCUUGAAGCCGCGCUCUCGUCGCCGCAAGUCGCCGCGUUCCAGAUCAAAGCGCCGCUCCACUACCGACGAGGAUUCGCCUCAGUCGCGUCGCCACUCUCUCCCACCUCAGACUCCGACCCACGCGCCCACCCAGCAGCGCUCGCGCCCGGUCUCUACGAGCUUUGAAACAACCCGCUCUCGACCCGCUUCGGGCAGCUUUGAGACGUCUCGUUCACGCCCGGCGUCGGGCAGCUACGAGCGCCGCUUCGUCCCCAUCGUCGACGUGAUCGAGAUAGACGACGGCGAGUACCUCCCCUACGAGCAGUCACAUACCACUGCACGUCAGGGUGUGGUGCUCGGAGUCCGUCGGCGCGGCGGCCGCGUCUGAACACCCGCGCGCAUCUAGUUGUACCAGAUCUCCUGUCCAUACUCACAGUUGUAGCUAUUCCCCGCCCCACACUCGUUGACGGCGUUUGGUUGUACGCCGCCUCAUUCCCACUCCAAUCACGUUCAGAUACCGCCUUAACAAUAAAGAUGAAUGUUUUGGGCCCAUGCAUGGUGGCUAUGCUGUCUAUGUCGUUGCUAAAAGAGGACC